AUGGCGAGCCUGAACCUGACCCUGAUCAGGCAGUACCUGGUACGCAUCCCACUCGUGCUGGUCACUGCAAUCCGGCGGUUGCUGCAGCUCUCGCCGGUGCAGGACAGAGUGGGCGUGCAGAUGGAGCUGCUGGUCACCUUUGUGCGCUCGUUUCUCACCCUGGAGGACUCUGUCUCGAAGAUGGCCGAAGUCAGGUUGACGGACUCGACGGUCAAGGGCUACAUGUGGAUUUCGAACGUGACGGUGCCCAAGCCGGCAGAGGACGAUGUGCUCGAUGCGCUGGUAAAGGCAAUCAGACACCGUGGCGAGGGAGGAGAGACGUUCGAUGUGCCUGAUGUGCGCGCCGUCGAGGCAGAGUGGACGGGAUACAGAAAGGGCGCCAGCGAGGACACGCCGAUUCCUGACAUCUCGGAUGCAGACAAGUACGAGCGCCUGAUGGAGGACGUGGAGGAGGAUAUGACUAUCUUCUACGCCCAUGGCGGCGCAUACCAUAUGAUGGACCCUUGCACUCAUCGCCCUACGACAACAGCCCUGGCUCAGCUCAGCCGUUCUCGCUGCUUUUCUUUACGAUAUAGACUGUGUCCAGAGCAUCCAUUCCCAGCUGGCCUCCUGGAUGCGUUGGUGGCAUACCUCUCACUUCUCUCGCCCGCUGAAGGUGCUCCCUAUGAAGCUGUACCAGCUGAGAAGAUAGUAAUCGCCGGAGACUCUGCCGGUGGUGGUCUCUGCCUGGGACUGCUCCAGGUCCUCCUGACACUACGAGAGAUCAUCCCAUCCAAGACAAUUCGAUUCCAUGGCAAAGACGUACCCCUGGAUCUUCCCGCUGGCAUCGCAAUGACCAGUCCUUGGUGCGAUACUACUCGUUCGCUACCGUCUACCUUUGGGAACGCAAAGUACGACUACAUUCCUCCACCACCACAGAAGCCCGGCACAGUAUAUACCCCACUGCCUUUCCCUCCAGACCAUUUGUGGCCUACGGCACCGCCACGAGUAGACUUGUACUCGAAUGCGAACAUGAUGGCUCAUCCGCUUACAUCGCCAGCCGUCAGUCCGAAGGGGAUCUGGAAGGGAUGUCCACCAAUGUACAUUGCCGUAGGCGAAGAGCUCUUGCAUGACGACGGUGUAUACAUGGCAAGAAAGGCUCAUCAAGACGGCGUCAACGUUGUCUUUGAGCGGUACGAAGGAAUGCCGCAUUGUUUUGCUUUGCUUACUCCCGGUGUUAUUCAGUCCCAGCACUGUCUCAAGAGCUGGGCCAAAUUCUGCCUUGAUGUAGUGCAUGACCGUGUAAAGGGAUAUGGAGAAGCCCAAUUCCUCAACCACGGCUUGACAAAGACUGAUAUUCACCACAUUGGCGAGAUUGGUACCCUAACGGAUGGCGAGGUAGAAAACCUGAUCAAGGCCGGCAGAGACUGGCGUGUUGAUGGCGAGCAUGUGCUGCAGAAGGCAUGGAAGGAACAGGAACUGGAUUCCUGA